AUGGCGAAGGGUCCUGCAGUCGUAGUUGUCGCCAGACACGGCGCCCGACUCGACGCUGCCGACAAGUCAUGGCAUCUUUCCUCGCCCACGCCGUAUGAUCCGCCCCUCACGUAUGGUGGAUGGUCGCAGGCAAAGGCGCUCGGCCAGCGCAUAGCCGCCCUCCUCCAUGAGCGAGACAUCCAGCAGGCAGAAGACGCGAAGAAUGCGACCACCAACGACCCCGCCCAUCUCGACUUUAGCAAGCUGAGCAUCUCCAAGGACGGCAAGGCGCAAGGCCGGCCCAGGAAGAAGCGCAAGAUCAUCAUACACUCGAGUCCCUUCCUGCGAUGCGUCCAAACCAGCACGGCGGUCGCAGCCGGCAUCUCGCAAUACCACUCGCCUACUACGCCACAGCUCAAUGUGCCGACACCUCCCUCCAAAGACACCAAUGGCUCGCUGGGAGUCCCUUCGCCGAAAGCGCCGCGCACCAAGUCGACCUCGUCGCAGCCCCGAACCUUCGAGCCGCUCGCCGACCCCAAUCUCGAGAUACUGCCGCGGCCUCACACAGGCCCUGAGAGGGUGCUUCUGCGCAUCGACGCAUUCCUGGGCGAAUGGCUGUCUCCCGAAUACUACGCCGACAUCACGGCCCCGCCCAACUCGACCAUGAUGGUGGCAGGCGCCAAAGCUGAUCUGUUGCGGAGGGGCGACUACAUACAAGAACAGCCGAACCCGAACAGCAGCAAGGGCCACUUCCCAGGAGGUUGGAUGGGAAACAAGUCGGGGACUAGCACACCGAAUGGUGGUAGAGGAGCUGGCACUGCUAUGAGCAGUCUGGCUCAGUUUGCGCCGCUUCGAGAGCGCUCCAGCAGUUACGCUGGCCCACUGGGUCUGGAACGAACACCAUCGAAAGAAGCAACUGCACCACUGGCGAUGCCAACUCAGACACCCAAGCCGACCGCGAUACCCAACCGCGUCUACGAACCGCCGCACCCCUCCUACUCCAUCUCGCCCGCCGACCCGAUACCACGAGGCUACGUCGCGCACGCCCAAGAAGCCUGCGUCAAAGUAGACUUCCAAUGGGACAGCAUGCGUGCACCACAGAACUGGGGUGACGGCGGCGAGUACGGCGACGAGUGGAGCACAAUGCACAAGCGCUUCAGGAAAGGUCUUGCGGGCAUGAUGGAGUGGUAUAGGGUCCACGGCACAGCGCCUCCAAAGGAUCAGUUCCCUGGCUUCAUGUUUAAGGAACCGCUUCGCCUAACGCCACCGCCUAUGUCGCACACUAAGUCCGACCCCUUCCCCAACUUCAGCGAUGAUCCUACUGCGGAUGAGGAGGAAGAGCUGGUUCUGAUUCUGAUUACUCAUGGAGCAGGAUGCAAUGCGCUGCUCGGCGCCAUGACGAACCAACCUGUUUUGAUGGAUAUAGGUCUGGCGUCGCUGUCCAUGGCAGUCCGGAGAGAUGAACCUAGGCAGACAUCCGCACCAGCCACAAUACACACACGAAGACUUUCCGUAGCAGACCCCGGCAUGUCAGAUACCUACGAUAUGAAGCUCUCAGCUUCAGUUGACCAUCUACGGCCCGGGGUCGACCCUUCAAAACCGCCAUCCGCGCAGACACAAACAUCAUCCCCAGCCAUCACAGCAAGUCCAUCGUUGGAGUAUCGACGAAGGUUCACAGGAUCAUCGACGACUAGCAGUCCACUUGAUUCCCCCUUCUCACUCGGCGAGCCGUACAGGAACUGGAACAGCUCACUGGGUGGUGUGCGACGGACGAUGAGCUCAGGAUCCAACUCGAGAUUUGCGCAGAGUGCGACAAGCGGUGCUGCAUCUCCAUCAGGCGGAUUGUGGUCAGGCGCAAGCACACCCGCCACAGAAGCCGACAUGGUCCUCAACUUCUCAAACCAGCAUCCACAGCCGCCGAAGUCGACUUCCGCUGCCGCAGCUGCCCCCAAAUCUAAGAGUAACUCUAUCGCACACUUGGACGGCGCGUCUGAUGUGAGCAACCGCUUGACAAAACUCGAUUCGAAAGAAGAGCGUGAAGUCAACGAUAAACCCACUCCUCUCGUUAGUGCCCAGACCCGCAAACAGAGCGCUCCGAGUACUUCUGCUGGCGGUCUCUGGGGCGCCAAGGUAGCCCCAAAGGCCAAUAACGGACUCUGGGGGCCGCCAAAGUUGGACGACGUUUACGAGCAUAGUCAAGGGCCUAAGCGGCGAUGGACGGUUACGGAGAGGGAGGAGUAG